UUCCUUUCAGUAUUCUGUGGUAUGAGGAACAUGGAACCUACUUGAUUCUUGAUUGUAAUAGGUCUGUUUUUAUCGCACGAAAUUUAUUCGACAUCUGUCAUUUCCACCAAAAGUUGCAUAAAAAAACACAACUAUCAUUGUAUGAAAAAAUUUGCGAUGAGAUAACAGCUGAUGGUUGAUAUUUACCUUGGACUUUUAACGUACACUUUUUAAUGUAUCUGAUUAAACGUCUGGUGUUGAAGGUGGACAAUUUAGUUUUCACUGAUUCCAGAAAAAUCCAAAAGGGAGUUUUCUAUUGAUAUCCCUUACAUAUAUACAUAUAUAAUUUGUUGUUGAAGACGAUCGGUCAUUGGUUGGUCCAUAAAUAAAAGACAAUUCUAUAUUUUCUGGUAUAUCUUGCCUUCGCCUUUUUCUGUCCAAGGCUGUCUGUCCAUGAGAUCGUAGUGUGAUUUGUGUUAUUUGUUUGUCAUAUUAUUAAGUUUUUAUAUUUUUUAUCAUUUUAUUUACAUACCUCAAAAGCUUUGCAAUAUUUUUGUAAUAUUUAUUAAUUAGAGGAAAAUGCCUUCAAAACAACGCAAAAUUGCAGUUAUGGGCUACAGAUCAGUAGGAAAAUCGUCACUCAGUAUUCAAUUUGUAGAGGGACAAUUUGUGGAUUCCUAUGAUCCUACCAUAGAAAACACAUUCACUAAAUCUACAAGAAUCAAUUCCCAAGAAUACGAACUGAAGCUUGUAGAUACUGCUGGUCAAGAUGAAUAUUCAAUUUUUCCAUCCCAGUAUAGUAUCGACGUGCAUGGAUAUGUCCUAGUCUACAGUAUAACUAGUUCGAAAUCAUUUGAUGUUGUUAAGUCAAUAUAUGAAAAGUUAUUAGAUAUUACAGGAAAAGAACAGUGAGUAUCAUUUACCAAACAUAUUUG